AUUUGGUUCUGUUGUAUGUAUUGUAGCUGGCCUUCUGAAUCUGAUCCAAUACCAUUGCUCCGCGCGUGCUGCAACCGUACGAUCUAUUCUCUCCCGUUCAACCUUCCUUCAUAUUCAACCAUAACACCUCAAAACCCUAACCCUAACCCUAAUCCCAAUCAUGGUAACCGAUUCCCACGACUCUCGUCGCAAGCAUCGCCGAUCCUCCUCUCCCGAAGACGCCGAUAGAUCCUCGAAGCGCCACAAGCACCGCCACCAUAGCCACCGCCAUCGCCACUCCACCAAGAAACGCGAUGAAGACACCGAAUACGAUCGCGGAACUCUUGCUAGGAUUCCUUCUCCAGCUCCUGUUUCUAACUCUGCUCCGUAUAGCUCUCUCCCUGACGACGACGUCGAGGAGGGAGAGAUUCUCGAAGAAGGUGAGAUUGGAAAAAAGCAGACAGAAUCUGAUGCAGAGCCUGGUGAAAUUGAGCUGUCAGGAAAUCGAGAUUCUCGAUCCGAUAACAAAAUUCCGGGACCUGUCACAAAAAAUUCAAAAACUGGAAAGGAGGACAGAAGUCAUGGUAAAUAUGUUAGUCCUGCAUUGGAUACUGCAGACAAGCACCCUGGACUUCAUGAUGACUAUGGUUCUCCUAACCAGUCAAGCCCUGAGCUUAAAGGUGGAAAGAAUGCUAGAGAUACUAAAGAUGGUUUGGGUAAUGGGUAUUUGAACCCUAAAUCAUCCAAAGAAGAUAAGAAGCAGAAUGAGGGCCCUGGACAAUUGAGAGGAAAUGAGAAACUAAAAGGUGACUAUGAAGAGAAAGAGAUACGGGCAAAUGGAAUAAAACAUAAUUACCAUACAAAUUCAUCAUCUGAUAGUGAAGGUGAAAAAUAUAGAAUGUUAAGAAGUUCUCCUUCUCAUGAUAGAUGUAGAAGUCGAUCAAGAUCAAGUGGUCAUCCUAGGGACAGAUCUCGUUCUCGUAGUAUAGCAGAUGAAUAUGCUCAUUCCAAGAAAAGGCACUCUAGGGAUCAAGGGCCCCUUCAUCAUAGUGGCAGAGAUAAGACUGACUAUGAGCAUGAUGAGGAAGGAAUGAGAGCACGUGGAAGGGAGCAUGGUCGUGGCAAUGCAGACUUGUUGGUAGAUGAUAGGAGGGGACGUAGUUCCAGGUAUCGUAGUCGAGAGUCCCAGGAUCGCAGUAGGGACAGUCAUGUGGAUAGGGAUUUAUACAGGGAAAAGAAACGAGACGAAGCAAGCAGGAAUAGGGAGGUUGAUUGGGUGCGUAAAACAGAAAAGGAACGUGAAAGGAGCUAUGAGAGGGAUAGAAGGGACACAAUAAAAGACAGAAGUAGAAAGGAAAGGGACAGGAGUAGGGAUAAUACAAGGGGUGGUGAGAGAGGAAGAGAUUGGGAUAGUGAAAGGGAUGAUAAGAAUCGGGAAAGAGAUCACAUUAAGGAGAGGGAGAGGCGAGAUGAUAGAUAUAGGCACACUGAUAAAGACACCGCAUAUAAUAAGGAUAAGCAUUUGCGUCAUGAGGAUGGUGAAGACAUUCGAGACAGAUAUAGAAAACAUUCAAGACACGAAGAAACUGAAUAUCAUCGGGAGAGAAACAGGAAUUCUGAUUCUGUAAAAUUUUAUAAUUCUGCAAGAAGUGCCAUGGAAGAGAAUGAAAGCAAGCUAGAAAGAGGUGAGGUUGAACAAGAUUACUUAGAUGAUGAUACUCUGCAAUUACCAGAGCAAGAAGAGGAAGAUCUGAAUAGGAUUAAGGAGGAAAGUAGACGGAGAAGGGAAGCAAUAAUGGAGAAAUACAAGAAGCAGCAUCAGCAAGCAGAACAGGCAGCUGAAAAUGAAGGAAAAGACAAGGAAUCCGUGGACAUUCCUACUGAUGUUCCUGAAGCACAUGAUGGCAAGAAUGAUGGUAUUGAUGAUGUAGAAACAUCAUUUGCUGUUGGGAAAUCUACUCCUGAAAAUUUGAAUGUUGCUUCUAAGAAGAUAUCUGGUGCUGGUGGCCUGGGUGAGGGUACUCCUAAGAGUGAAAGAUCAGACGACAUGUUUUGUGAUGAUAUAUUUGGUGAGACACCAACUGGAGUUCGGAAAUCAGGAAAAGGGGAUGGUAUACUGAUUGAGAGGGUUGGCCUACAUGACAAUUGGGAUGACGCAGAGGGGUAUUACAGCUAUCGUUUUGGUGAAAUACUUGAUGGCCGAUACGAAGUCACUGCUGCACAUGGGAGGGGUGUUUUUUCAACAGUGGUUCGGGCAAAGAAUCUCAAGACUGGUAAUGGUGAGCCAGAUGAAGUUGCUAUAAAAAUCAUUCGUAAUAAUGACACCAUGUACAAGGCUGGUAUGGAUGAGUUGGUCAUACUGAAGAAAUUAGUAGGUGCAGAUCCAGAUGAUAAGCGUCAUUGUGUUCGUUUCCUUUCAAGUUUUAAGCUAACAGCUGUGAGAGCAUAUGCAAAGCAACUAUUUAUUGCCCUGAAGCAUCUUCGGAACUGUGGUGUUCUUCAUUGUGAUAUAAAGCCUGAUAAUAUGUUGGUGAACGAGGCUAAAAAUGUCUUGAAGCUUUGCGACUUUGGUAAUGCUAUGUUUGCUGGUAAGAAUGAAGUCACACCAUAUCUUGUCAGUCGGUUUUAUCGGGCCCCUGAAAUAAUUCUUGGCUUGCAAUAUGAUCAUCCGUUGGAUAUUUGGUCAGUAGGCUGUUGUUUGUAUGAGCUCUAUACAGGGAAAGUUCUUUUUCCAGGUCUUACAAACAAUGACAUGCUUAGGCUUCACAUGGAAUUAAAGGGUCCUUUUCCAAAGAAGAUGUUGCGUAAGGGAGCAUUCACUGACCAACAUUUUGAUCAUGACCUGACUUUUCUUGCUACUGAAGAGGAUCCUGUGACAAAAAAGGUUAGACUUUUAUUGUAUUUUGAAUUUUUUUUUUUUUUU